AUGCCUGUGGAGAAUGCCCGGGGUAUAGCUGACAUGCGUCUUGGGUCUGGGGAAACACUUCCAGAAAACGUCAAUCUCAGUUCAGUCGGCACUCGCAUUUCUUUCCUGCCUGGCCGAAGAAGGUAAUUCGGAUAGAGAGUAAUUUGAAGAUCCCUUACACGGAAGGUCGCAUGUCUUUGAACGCCUCUGCUCCCCUGCAACGCAUACAGAUUAUUCAAAAUCAGACAAAAUAAAAAAUGGUCAGUAUGACGAAUAAAGAAUAUAGACCGGACACUGGGGAUGUUAUCCUCACGGUAAACCUCCUCACUACUCACUAAAAUAAAAAGCUACCUCGAUUGGACCUAUCAGAACGCGCCGAGAGUCGUGGUCUGGAGGACUGCCAACUGGUUGGAUAUCUCCGUACUUCUCAGAACUAACAGUCAGGCGACAAUGACUGCUUUCGGUGUGGCCUUUGUGGGACUCGCAUGCAGAUGAGAUCCGAUUUUUUCCUUACAGAUGCCUGGCAUACAGUAACUAACGAACUAACUCAUGAAAUGUCGGCCGACAUUUCGAAAUGGUUCUCGUUUCGAAAAGAUAAGUUUAGUAGGGUUGUAAAACUAACACUCGUACAGCGUAAUUCUAUAAAAAAUCAAUUACCACAGGAUGCCGGCUUUUAAACUAAUUUAUUUCCGACAGCAUGUAAAAAUUACACACUGCAUAAAAUGGCUAUUUGAGUAGCAUGAAUUUUUCUCAUUGAUUUUCGAUGCCCUUAAAAAUUCAAUUAUACUUCAUGAAAAAAUGCAUAAAAUACUCAUUCUUUUAUUUAUUCGGUAGAAAAUUACGUCUUCUUUCAAUUUUAUACUCAAAGGAGGAUUAUAAUUCGGUUUCAAAAAGUAUCUGAUUGUGAGAUUUUUUAGUACCAUGAAAUGGCGAUUCAUAAAACGUCAUGUAUCUACAUUUACUAAUGUGACUUGUAAAGUUAACAGUAUUGCUCAAAUCCACUGCUUAAUUUUAUGAACCCAUAUAGUCUCCUCUUAAUAGCGUAAUGUACGGUUUUCCGUACACGGAAAAUAUACGGCUUGUAGUUUUAAAACCCUGAAUGCAAUUCUAACAGCAGGUCGUGUUCAGAAUUAUUCGGGGAUCAGAAACGUUUUUUUAAACCGUAUUAUAUUCUUCCGUCGGAUAAAAUAUUGGAUGAAUUACGCUAUUUUCUAUCGAAUAAGUAAAAGAUUGAAUAUUUUAUGGGUGUUUUCCAUGAAAUAUAAUUGAAUUUUCAAGGGCAUCGAAAAUCCGUGAGAAAAAUGCAUGUUAAUCAAGUAGUAAUUUUUUGCAGAGCAUAUUUUUUGCAUGCAGCCGGAAGGAAGUUCAUUCGAAAGCCGGCAUCCUGCGGUAACUGAAUUACUAUAGAAUUAUGUUGCAGGUUGACUAGAUUUACAACACUACUUAAUUGAUCUUUUCGAGACGAAAACGCAUUUCAAAAUUUCGGUUGACAUUUCAUGAGUUUGACCACCUAUUUUAUGUAGAGGGGUUCAGGUUGUGGCGUGCGCGUCUGCCACUGUUCCUGCGCCCACCACUGGCUGUCAUGACUCACGUGAACUCUAAUGCUGGCGAAUGUAGUGAGUGCCGAGUGUGCCGGAACGUCCAGGGGCGGCUCCGGCAGUGCCAGUCACCUGCGCCCUCUCUUUUCUCCGGUCUUUUCGAAAAUGUCUUGACACCGGUCCCACGUGGAGGUGUAGGGGAGGUUGCCGUAGAUGCUGUGCAAGUCUACUAUCACCAUAAAUUAAUUCACACUCAAGCCUCUGAUGUGAAGCACGCGGUGGGCAUCGCCGAAACCGAUCGUCGGGCUAUCGUGUGGGGCACACAUAAAAAACGGGUUGUUUAACUUUGUCAUCCACUGCUGUUUACGUAUGUAGACUCUAAUGCUAAGUAGAGGUGUCUGAGAAACCGGGAAAAUUCGUUCGCCUAUUCAAAGCCCUUGCUUAAAAUAAGUAGUGUGUUUUCCUACACUCAUCAUAUAAAUCUUGCGUUUUCAUAAGUUCCUCUGAAUAUAACAGCUAGCAUAUACAUACGAUUAAUCGUUGUCUUGGGGGUCAGAAGAUGGCUACAGGACUUGCCGUGAAAUUCACUCGUAUGCUCAACUGACUAGCAUACAGAUCACAGACAUAGUGGGGGUUUUCUCCUCCUGCAAUAUCGAUAUUUAAGGUGCAGGAUGAUUUGCGAGAAAAUGUGAAGCCCAAGAUAGUGAUGAAGAAAGCAUCAUCCGGCGGUUCGUGAACGUUCCGCGGUACGUUGCGCACCCUGGCGAGCAAUGACUGGACGUUUAUCAGAGGAUGUAGGAAAAGAUAAUCGCAGUAGUUAUCGCCUAGAAAGAAAGCAAAUGCGAUUAAAGUUACUUUCAGCCUGCCAGUUCCGACGAAGUUGAGCACAGAUUGUCAGUUUCGUGUUCGAAAAUCCUACAAGUCUAAGCAGGAAUAUAGAACACCAGUGUCGUGUGGUCGACCAGCCGUAUGCGAGAAUAUGAACCCCCCGGUCUUUAGGCGGCCUAUCGCAAAAUCCAAGGGGCGGGGGGUUGGUGCCUAUUCCCAUGUCAUAAUCUUAGCCCACACCGCCUCUAACCCUUAUCCCAAUCCUCGCUAGCCCUCAUGCGAACCCUCCUGACUCUAACCUUGACUCUCCUGGAGUUUAGAGCAAGGCCACUGGCAAGGGGGGGGGGAGAAGUGGGUCCAUGACCCCAUGACCACCUGUUUCAUCUUCAUGCAACCAGUUCAAGGGGAUCGUCAGAAAAAGGGUAACAAAACCGAACUGUCUCAUUUGUGAGCCUGAAGUUAACCGCGUCUUACCUACUUCCAAAUCAUGCGUCUGGAGACCUGUUAACCAGUCUCACAGCACUUUAAAUGGCUUAUGCAGUCUGGUUUUUAAUGAAUAACCCCUUUCAAACUGACUUGUCUGCACGCACUAUACUGAAGCCGAGUCACGGAAAAACUGAAAACAGGUAAUGCUAAGGCGACUGGCACGGCUCAUGACGGGUUAUUCAACGUUCGAGAACAAACUCCAUGUUCAGGAAUGUCGAACAAAACACGGCCUACUUAAACACAUAUAGUAGGCAUUUUUUGUACGUCGUAGAUUCGUCGGGGUCCUUGCCAGAUCCUUGCCCAGGUUUAUUUCUAGAUAACCCACCAACCAGGCGUUUUCACUUAAUGCCACCGGUUCUGCAAGGACUUAGAAUCGGGCACAGACAAGACAUAAAAAUGAGCAUGCUAUAACUGAGCGUGGGCCAGAAAGAAGCUUUAAUUGCACAAAACUGACUUGUCGCAUAAGAGUCGAUUUUCGGUUUGAUUUAUAGUAAAGGUCAGUAUUCUGAUAAUUCUACUCCGCCUCCUACCAAAUUACAAUAGUUAGCAAUGCCACUCUAACCCAGAGAAUUGUCCAUGCUUCUUGAUGUAAUUCCCAUCUAAGAGGAGACCGACCAGUCUGUACAAGUAGUGCGGCCUACAGCCAGUUGGGGUGGCCACUGGUUUGCAUUGCGUUAGAAGUCAAGAUGGCAAUCACGAACGCUGUCGACCAAAUCAGUGAUAAAAUAUUGCUCUGACUAUGUGCCAUGUAGGAGUCAGCACUUGGUUACGGGAAAAGCAGUUAGAAAUGUAUUGAAGAGAAAUCACCAAAGGAUGUCGGAACAAAUAACGUCCGCUUGCGCACAGUUAGUUAAUAUAACUGAUGUAUAAAGGAGUAGAGACGUUUGGAAAGCGAAGAUUACUCAGUAUAAUACCUGAACAUAAGACUCCGCACGCCAUUAAGACAAGGUUUGCAGCCGCGACUUGAUUCAUAUUCGCGACAACACGCAGAUCACUCACUCCUUCAACGUGAAUCUUUUACGUAUGACAAUAACCAAUAAGGGCCCGAAGUGAAAAUGCCACAGUCAUUGGACACCCAGAAGUCAUGUCAUAGAUACAAGAUAUUUCGUAAAAAACCCAUAUUAUAGGUUAUUUUGUGAGCAGCAGCAGCAGCAGCAGCAGCAGCAGCAGCAGCAGCAGCAGCAGCAGCAGCAGCAGCAGCAGCAGCAGCAGCAGCAGCAGCAGCAGCAGCAGCAGCAGCAGCAGCAGCAGCAGCAGCAGCAGCAGCAGCAGCAGCAGCAACAGCAGUCUUGUCUCUGUUCUGACAAAACCACCUUCUUCACUGGGUUUGUGAACCUUUGA